AUGUAUAGAAAUGGUAAUGGUAAUGGUAUACCCAAUGGUUCUUCAAAUCAAAGACACGAACCUAGUGCUGUGAAUAAUUCUUCAAAUAACGCUCAGUUUUAUAAUAACGGUGCUGCUACUGGUUAUCCUGCUCCUCAGAAUCAAAAUCCUGUUCAAAGACCUCCACAACAAUCCUCAAAACAAACUGUUAUUCCUCCAUAUCCAACAGUUCCAUAUCCGGGAUUUAUUGAUUAUCAUACAACAAAUUUAAGUACAGGGUCCUUAACUCAUAUAAAUCAAAGAGCAGAUUCUUCAGUCCCACAAAUUGCAAGUUCAAUGAAAAAUUCAACAACUGUUUCUUCAUUUGCAAGUUUUGAAAGUAUACCAAAAGCUCCAAAUAGACAACCUUCAUUACCUCCAAAAAUUCCAUUAGAUCAAUCUGAUUAUAUUAGAAAUAAUUCAAUACAAAGUUCUUAUAGUAUAGAAUCAAAUUCGACUUAUAAUUCAAGUCAUACUUCAAGUUCAAAUAAAUAUAAUACAGAACCAGAAACUAUAAGAUCAUUUGAAGAAGAACAAGAUAAUAUGCCACCACCACCUUCAUAUGAUGAUGUGACUCAAAGUCCAAACCCAAAUAAUUAUCCAAAUGAGAAACAAUCACAACCACAGACUUCAUCUAAACCAAAAUUGAAAAUGUCUCAACAAUUGGAUAGAUUAAGUGAUGAAUUACAACAAUUUCAAGUUGAUGGUGGGUUAAUUACAAGUCCUUCAAGAGUUCAUGCUCCAGAAACUUUAUCUUCACCAGUUGAUAAAGUUGAACAACAUCAAGCCAUGAGAAGAAAAGCACCACCUCAAGAACCAAUAAUUAAAAAUCAAGGACCUGCACAAAUUCAAUCACCACCAAGAAACCUCCCACAACAACAAAAUAUUCCCCAAGAAUCUCUAAAUUCAAAUAUACCCACAUAUUCUGAUGAAAUAUCACCAAUAAAUUUCAACAAGAUUAAAGAUUAUGCAAUUGCAGAUUUUAAAAAUGGGAAUUUUACAGCUUUACCUCAAUUAAAUUGGAUUAAAACUAUGUUUCAAUAUUCAUCAGAUUCAGAAUUUAUGAGAGAAUAUAAUAUAAAUGGUGAAAGAUUAACAAGACCAUUAUCACCAAAUGAAGUUAAAAAAAAUGAACAAAUUUUUGUUAAACAAGCUGUUAAAUUAUUGAAAAAAGUUGUUCAUGUAACAAAAGACCCUGAAGCUCAAUAUAUCACGGCAUGUCUUUAUUCAAAUAGUCCAAGUAUUAAAGUUCCAUAUCCAACUAUUUUAGAUAAAAAUUUUGAUAAAUCAUUUGAAUAUUAUCUAAAAUCUGCUAAUCAAGGUCAUGAAAAAGCCAUGUAUAGAUUAGGUGUUACAUAUGAGAUUGGUCUUGGUACUCAACAAAAUGAUUCUAAAGCUUUGGAAUGUUUUAUAAGAAGUGCAGAAUUUGGUUCAGUUUCUUCAAUGUUUAAAUUAGGUAUGAUUUAUUCAAGAGGUGCAUUAAAUAGUGAAAGAUCAGCUUCAAGAUCUUUAUAUUGGUUAAAUAGAGCUGCAGAAUUAGCAACUUUAGAAAAUCCUCAUUCAUUAUUUGAAUUAGCUAAAUAUUAUGAAUAUGAUUUCACUUUUUUAAAAAAUGAAACUUUAACACAAUCAGAUGCAAAAUUUCUUAAAGAAUUACAAACUUUAAAUAUUAAUAAAGAUGAACGUGUUGCAUUACAAUAUUAUAAAGAAGCUGCUAAAUUGACCUAUGCCCCUGCUCAAUGUAAAUUAGGUUGGUGUUAUGAAUAUGGUAAAUUAGGUUGUACAAUAGAUCCAAGAAGAUCAAUAGGUUGGUAUUCAAGAGCUGCAAAGCAAGGUUCAUUUGCAGCUGAAAUGGCAUUAAGUGGAUGGUAUUUAACAGGUGCUAAAGGAAUAUUGGAACCAAAUGAUAAAGAAGCUUUCCUUUGGGCAAGAAAAUCUGCUGAAAGUGGAUUUGAUAAAGCUGAAUAUGCUUUAGGUUAUUAUUAUGAAGUUGGAUUAGGUGUUCAAGCUGAUCCUGAAUUAUCAAGAAAGUUUUAUUUGAAAGCUGCAACUCAAGGUCAUGAUAAGGCCAUUGCAAAGCUUAGAGAAGGAAGAAGUAGAGGACAUUAG